AUGGAGCAUAGAGGUGGAUUAGGGAGGAGGCUUAUGGUUUUGCUAGUUUUGGGUUGUGUUUUGGGUCUUGCUAAUGCCCAAAGACAUGCAAUGAAUUUUGUGAUGCUACCCAAGGGAGACCCUAUUCCUCCAUCAGGGCCAUCCCAUAGAGGUUCGGAAACGCCUCCUCCACCUCACUCAUUUGCAAGAGGUCCUACUCUCAGAUUCGGAAUGCUACCUAAAGGAGUCCCGAUUCCUCCAUCCGGGCCAUCCCAAAGAACUUCAGAUCCACCACCUCCACCACAACCAUUUGCAAGAGCAUCUGUUUUUAGGUUUGGAAUGCUCCCCAAGGGAGAUCCUAUUCCUCCAUCAGGGCCAUCCCAUAGAGGUUCAGAAACGCCACCUCCACCUCACUCAUUCGCAAGAGGUCCUACUCUCAGAUUCGGAAUGCUACCUAAAGGAGACCCUAUUCCUCCAUCCGGGCCAUCCCAAAGAACUUCAGAUCCACCACCUCCACCACAACCAUUUGCAAGAGCAUCUGUUUUUAGGUUUGGAAUGCUCCCCAAGGGAGAUCCUAUUCCUCCAUCAGGGCCAUCCCAUAGAGGUUCAGAAACGCCACCUCCACCUCACUCAUUUGCAAGAGGUUAG